AUGCCUAGACCCCACACCGCCGCCCAACUCAAGCACAACAUCGACAUUCCCAACCAUUACCAGGCUGAGCAACACACCAACUGUAAAGACCGAAAUCCUGCUGCUCUACAAAAGUACCACGCCAAUUCUCUGAACGGUUACUCGAAAGUAGAGUCGGUGGCACAAGAUCUUUCUUCUUUAUCGGAUUGGAAUCCAAACGACCUGGAGCUGGGCCACCAACAGCAAGGACAACGGCUGCAGUUCUGUCAGAUAAACGGAUCGGACUCGUACCCACAGGACCCUAGGCCAGAUUCACCCACCAGCCUCGAGGACUCGCAAUCGGAGAGUGGGAUCGAUUUCUUCUCUGUCGAGACUGCCGAUACUGUGCAAUCAACGCCACGAUUCCCAAAGGACCAUGCCGCUGAUACCAUUUUCGAUUCAAGGCUGAACAUUGCUGACCGGCACAAUUUGAAGAUCCAACUUGAAUUGGCAAACGGCCACAUGCCAAUAUCCCCUUCACAAGUCGCAACGCCUCCGUUGUCUCCGGUUAAGAUCCUAUUAAUGAACGAGCAGGAAGAGGACGAAGAAGACGAAGAAGAGGAGAGCAUGGACGACAGUAAUGAUGAUAAUGGUUACGAGUUCAGGACGACAGCCGAGUCAGCAAUAAGUGGACCGGUCAACCAGUCCGGUAGAAGUGAUGCAAAUGAGCACAAGGGCGAGGCGUCAAACGAGCGAAAGGACGUAUUCAACCAGGACAACGAGGACGCUAUUGCCAGCUUUGAAUCAGCAACAGCACCUUUGCAGGAUGGCUCAAGUAUGCCAGCUCCUCAGCCAAUCGUGCCGUCGCCAGUCCCAAAAAUGUCUGCAUGGUCAACACUCUUGCCAGGAGUUGCGCCUAUGCCAGUACCGAAAGCAUCAACGCCUAAACCCACCGGCCGAACUCCUACAGCACGCAGAUCCGACGGCUUACGACUUCAUGAGCGCUUUCCUAUUGUUCUUGCCCCAGAGUGCGAGGCUAAAUUAUCAAUGGAAAUGGUGGAUUUGUUCGAGAGUCUUUUGCCAACAGCGGAGAGUCACGAUCGACGGACAAGGCUGGUCAAAAAGAUUGAAAACAUCUUGCAUGCAGAGUGGCCAGGACAGGAUAUUAAGGCGGAGCCUUUUGGGUCCACCGUCAACGAUUUGGGGACGAGUUCAAGCGACGUUGAUAUCUGCAUUAUUACAUCUUGGACAGGACUUAAGAACGUUCAAAUGUUGGCGAAUGCGUUUCGGAAACAUGGCAUGCAGAAAGUGUUUUGCGUGCCACGAGCAAAGGUCCCCAUCGUGAAAAUGUGGGACCCUGAAUUACAUCUUUCAUGCGACAUGAACAUCAACACAUCACUGGGAUUGCUGAACACAAAAAUGAUCAAGACAUAUGUGGCCAUUGAUCCUCGAGUGCGACCGUUUGCCAUGAUCAUCAAGCAUUGGGCACGGAGACGUGUCUUGAAUGAUGCAGCUAACGGUGGCACGAUAUCGACAUAUACCUGGAUUUGCAUCGUUAUCAACUUCUUGCAGAUGCGAUCGCCGCCCAUCCUGCCUAAACUGCACAAAAUACCGCACGCUCUUUCCGAGGACAACCAGGUCGUCAAUGGCAACAACACGUCUUUUUGCCAGGAUCUAGAAAGCUUGGAGGGGUUUGGACUUCCUAACAAGGAAACGUUGGGAGGGUUGCUCUAUGCCUUCUUCCGGAGAUUUGCUAUCGAGUUUGACUAUGACAACUAUGUCGUCUCUAUGCGGGAGGGAUGUUAUCUGACCAAAGAAUCCAAAGGAUGGCAUUUACCUGGAAAGCAAUACAAGCUAUUCUGUGUAGAGGAGCCAUUUGAUACGAGCCGCAAUCUCGGAAACUCGUCCGACAUGAUCAGCAGCAAGGGUUUGAAGGAGGAAUUCAAGCGGGCCCUGGAAAUUCUAUACAAAAAGGUUUCCCUCAACGAGUGCUGCGCCCAAUUUGUCUUCCCCGCAAGCUACUACCACAGCAAUGGCAGCACGCGGAAGGGCAGCAAUGGCACCAUCAUCCACAACUACGCUCCUGGACGGCGUUACGCUAAUGGAUAUCGCACUAUGAAUAACUAUUAUGAUGAUGAUUAUGGUGACGAUGACGACGACGACUCUGUGGGCGAGAUAUCCGUUAUGGAGACACUCAACAUUGGCACCAGGCCCUCCAUGAAAAAGAAUUCGACUGGCAACAGUAAGCAGAAUUACAACAGAAGAGGAUCAGGAUCAUCAUCAGGUCGGGGAUAUGGUGCGGAGCAUGGAGGCUUGAGCAAGUCGUUAUCUAAUCAGGAUAACGCAUCCUACAGAAGGGUUAACGACCAGUCUAAUCGCGCCCAGUCGCGGAAUCGGUCCAAACAUGGCAAAGGCGACGAAAAAGACGGCGCUGGUGACUCGUCUCGAUCUGGUGGGUCAUCUCGAAAUGCCAAGCAGUCGAAGCCAGGCUCCACGGGAUCAUCUUCGUCCACUUCGCGCAACAAAAAGUCCUUGGGCGGCAAUGGCGGCGGCCGACAAAAGAAUGGUCGAGGUGGUAAUGGCGCAACAGGAAAUGGAGGACGUGCUCCUCGCGCUGCUGUAGAGUUUAGCUUGGCCGACAUAGCCAGUGCUGCACCGAAACUAUUGUCGACAGCCUCAAAGUCGGAUCAAGAGUCAUCUGUUCAAGCCGGGGACGGCGUACCAGGACCAGGAAUAGGCGGGGAGGACAGUUCAAGUGGAGGCAGGGAUCGAAAGAAAGGCGGGAAGAGAAACGUUGUCUGGUCGACCAAUUCCAAUCGAGGCGAGUCGUCGCGUCGUCAGCCUGCCACGAAGGCUGCACAGGUCUCGGAGCAAGGCAAGGUCAAGGUGAUCUUUGUUCCCAGUGAGGAUGAUUCAUCUGGAUCCCGAACACCUCCUGCAUAA